CUGUGAGCUUUGCAUCCUUUUAAUAAAAAUGACUCCUGGCAAUGGAUAUCUCGGCUCUUGCAUCGAUGAAGAACGUAGCGAAAUGCGAUACGUGGUGUGAAUUGCAGAAUCCUGUGAACCAUCGAAACUUUGCACGCAAGUUGCACCUCAAGCCAUUCGGUUGAGGGCACGUAUGCUUGGGUGUCAUGCAUUAUGUCUCCCCUCUCGUGUGUGGAGUGGGAAUAGAACCUGGCCUCCUAGGCCCUUCCUUGGGCGUGGUUGGCCGAAAAUGUUGUCCUUGAUUUUGUUGAUGUCUUGGUGUGCGGUGGAUGUGCCAGCGAAAACUUGCCGUGAAAGCAUUUUCAAUUUGGUGGGUUCCGACUUUGUCUGCAAUGGUUUCCUUUGUUCUGUACCCUUUUGGUGGCAUCCUUACGUUCCAACUGCUGAGUUCUGUCGUGUGCCUGCUCGUGUGGGAACCAAAGGGUUGGCAUUCGAUUGACGCCAUGGCACCGCUUGUGGUACACUAUGUGUUGUCUCUUUUCCGGAAAGUUUUGGCCCAUUGGUUGUUGUUGAGUACUCGGGUUUGGUGGAAGGACAAGGCGUCGGGGGCUAAUGCAGUCGGUUUUAGGUUGGCUUUAAGUGGGUGGGACGGUUGGCUACGGUUUUCUUCGGUCUUGCAUGGCACUCAUCGACGCGAUCGUCAUGGGCACCAGGCAUUCGCUGGUGGGCUGACUGCUGAGUUAAAAACAUGGCCUUUGGUCUGUUGGUGGGUUGUGCGGUGUGUCUGAAGUUUGCGAUGCGUAAUUGUGUGUGAGAUGUAUUUGGUUUUCAUGGUCAGGUUUGAUCCUUGCUGUAGCAGCGAAAACUUGCCGUGAAAGCCUUUUCAAUUUGGUGGGUUCCGCCUUUGUCUGCAAUGGUUUCUUUUGUUCUGUACCCUUUCGGUGGCAUCCUUACGUUCCAACUGCUGAGUUCUGUCGUGUGCCUGCUCGUGUGGGAACCAAAGGGUUGGCAUUCGAUUGACGCCAUGGCACCGCUUGUGGUACACUAUCUGUUGUCUCUUUUCCGGAAAGUUUUGGCCCAUUGGUUGUUGUUGAGUACUCGGGUUUGGUGCACUAACGGGGACUGGUUAAGAAUUCUCUGUUAGCCUAAGUCUGCCCAUAAAGUAUUUUGUUCCAG